UGAAUUUAGCUUCAAUCUGCGCAGAUGCAUUGAGACCAUAUGAUGAACUAAUAAUUUGUACAAUGUUUUAGAUAUUGAUUGUACUACAGAAUUGUAAACUUAAAUUUGCACUUAAAAAGAAUUUAGAGAUAAACGUUAUUUUGCUUUGUAUUUGUUCAGUGUUAUAUAUUUCGUAAAAUCAUUGCAAUAUGUUGGCUACAAGUGUAAUUUCUAUAGGGAUUAAGUUUCGAAUUCCGGUACCAACUCAAAGAUUGAAUACUUUAAUUAAAAUGUAUUCUGCCUCGUCUGGAUCACCAUCCGAUUCAUCAUCAUCGUCUGGAUCAUCAUCAGACUCAUCAUCUGAUUCUGAUUCGGAUACAGAAAAAGUAAAGAAAAAAAAAUCAGUUGCAGAUGUUUCUACAAAAUCAUUGGAUAGUCUUAUAGAUAAUCUAAUGUUGAAAGAUAAAAAAAGAAUAGAUGUUGCUAUGCCUGUGAGAAAAAUUAUUGAAGAGGAUAAAUCAUUCAUAAAGAAAACAAAUAAAUCGUAUGAAGCACGACUUAUAGAAGCUGCCAAAGAUGUAACGAAAGCUCUCAAUAUAGACAAAGGAGAAACAAAGACACAAUUAUUAGAUAGAUUAUCCACUAUAUAUAAAGACAAUUAUAAAAAGAAAAAACAUGGAACCUCGAGUAAAGUAGUAAACAAGAUUGUAUCAGAACAUAAAUUAUCUUCAGAAAACAAACAAAUAGAUAGUAAUGAACAAUGGAGAUACAAAGCUGAUAUUGUUCGUAAGUUUAAAACUCAUGAUAAACCCAAAGAGCAGGUACAUAUAAUUGAACCAAGUAUUAUCAAGCAAUUAAAGAAGGAAGCAAAAAAUAAAUAUUGGAAGGAAACAAUUGCAAAGCAAAAAAUGCUAAAUGUUACUUUUAAUGAAAAAGCAAAAGCAAUUUUUAAAGAGAUGAAGAAACCUAUGACAAACAUACCAAAAUUGUCCAUGUGGGAAUCAUUAGAAAAAAGAGAGCUUGAUUUAAUUGUUCAUCAACCUCCUAAAAAUAUUUUUCAAGAAAUGAUACAAUGGACUGAAUCUGGAAUAUUAUGGAAAUUUCCUAUUGAUAAUGAAAUUGGAAUGGAAGAAGAAAGUAACGUGCAUUUCUCUGAACAUGUAUUUCUAGAACGUCAUUUAACAGAUUGGUGCCCUAAAAGUGGUCCAAUACGUCAUUUUAUGGAACUUGUAUGCGUAGGUCUUUCUAAAAAUCCAUAUUUGACUGUAGAUGAAAAACUUGGUCACAUUACAUGGUAUAAAGAAUAUUUUAAAGGAAAGAAAGAAUUAUUAACAGAAUUAGGUGCAAUUAAUAUUUCAUCCACUAUGAAAGAGCAGACGAAAACUUAAAUUAUAAUAUAUUCGUAUACAUGCAGAAUUAACAUCGUAUCAAAUUGAUCGUUCAAUAUACAUUGCUUAUCCUUUUUUAAUUAAGGAAUAGCUCUACAAAAUAUUAAAUUAUAACUUCUAUUGUAUAUUUACACAAAAGAAGUCGUACAUCUAAUCAUAAAAAAAGAUUGAUUAAAUGAGAAUUGAUUGAAAAAUUGAUUGAUUAAAAAAGAAAAAUAUAUAUACAGCUAUUUCAAAUGAAAUGAUUAAUGUUGUAUUAUCCUAUGUAUAUUAAAUAAGGUAAAUUUAUUAAUUUCACAAAUUUUUAGCAUAUUUGUAUGUAUGCAUAAUAUACAGGAUAUCCUGUUUAUCUGGAAAAAUUGGAAUAGAUAUUGUUGUUGUCGGGACUGAACCUAUCAAAAAAAUUUAUUUACAAAUUUGUUUAAUAUGAAGAUUUAAGAUGAAUUCAAUAACGUGACGUAUAAGGUUUGUAAGUUCCUAAUAGCUCUGUAUCAUAAUCGCCAACUAUUAGUCUGCAUGCUGUAAGCAAAGGCUGAAUUUUUUUUAUCUAGCUUUAUGCUUUUCAAAUUACCGACUAAGUAAACGAAGUUUAUUUCGUAAGAAGUUCAGCCUUUAUUUACAACAUGCAGUUUAACAGACGGCGAUCAGCAAUACAAGGUUAUGGUUCUUAGUAACUCACAAAUUUAUAAUAUAAUUUAUAAUAUUUUAUAAUGACAAAUGACCUUAUAUAGCAUGUCGUUGAAUUGGUCGCAACAAAUUCCAACAAACUACGUGAAAAGAAAUAUAUAGUUCUAUCUAAAAAAAUGAAUAUAACUUUUAAAUUUCCAUCACUACUUUAACUGCAAAAAGAAAUUGACACCAUUUAACAUUGCUCCUCCAUACCAAAACAAUUUGUAAAAAAAUUUUUUGAUGCAUCCAAUUCCUCAUAAGAUAUUCCAAUUUUUUGAGAUAAACAAAAUCCUGUAUAUACUAUAUACUUCUUAUAAAAAUCAAAUUAAUUUAUCUAUUUAAGUUAUCUUAAAUAUUAUAGAUAUAAUAAAAUAUAAAAAAAAAAAUAUUAUCAAAUAAUAUAAAACUGUAACAUACAAUAAUUAAUUAAAGAAUUAUAAAAUAUAAUAAUAACAAUAAUAUUCUCUAAUAUUAUAUAAUAAUCUCUAAUAAUAUGAAGUUAAUUCAAUUGUUCGCUCUUGAUUCUAUGAAUGUAUAUAAAUUUAUAAAUAUACUUCUGAAAUCAAUCUAAAACAACCAAAAAUGCAUCUACUAUAUGCACGUACGCAUCUAAACGCACAAUAUAUAUAAAUGUAACAUAACACACCGAAUCCAAAUAUAUAUAGAUAAUACGUGUACCAAUCAGAUCUCAUCUCGCAGUCUUCUUCUCAGUCUUCGGCAGUCUGUGGUGAGGCUCGCUACCCAAUCAUAUGCCAACGUCAUUUUCAAGUAUAUUUAUAUAAUUUCUUGAGCUUUGAACUCAUUUAUUACUGUGUGACUACACAUAUAAGACGUAUCUGAGAUAUUAUUAUUUGAUAAAAAAAACGGAAUAAACUAAUAUACAACUUUAUUUCUACAAUAUACCCUGUAUUAAAAUACAUAAAAAUAUCUGCAUAUAUAUAUAUCAAGAAGAAACAUGAGUUUGCAGUGGUCACUGGUUGCCUCUUUCUUAUAUAUAGAAAUGAUAAUUGUAUUAUUGCUAAUAUUACCUAUAAUGUCACCAACAAAA